AUGGCUACUAUUUACUCUGACAUUCAUACUGCCACAUCCCCAAUUCCACUUAACGAUCAAUGGUCUUGUCCAAUAUGUUCCUUCGACAAUCCACCAUCGGCUUUUCCUCGUUGUAACAUGUGCAAGCAAAUGAAUCCCCUGUCUCGAGAAGAGCUUAAUAUCAUUGAUCAACCAAUAUUAACUUGGCAAUGCCCUCGAUGCACAUUAAAUAAUAAAAUUGCUAAUGAACGAUGCAAUGCCUGCGGUCACAACAAACAUGCAUCGAAUGAUAAUAAGAACAUUCUUAUCAACUCACAAUCGACAUCACAAACAUCUAUGUCACUCGCUGUUCGUGAUCGUCGAAACAAAGAUGAAUCAUACGCUGAAAACAUAUUUCAACAUAUUAUCGAUUAUUGUAAACAGGCUAAAACACAUUUUGUUGAUGAUCAGUUCGUUCCAUCACCUAAAUCUAUCGGAUCAGACUCAUUCAGAGAUGUUUCACAAUGGUUACGGAUAUCAGACGUUACUCCAUUGUCGGCUGAUGAUCGUAAAUUGCCAUGGACAAUUUUUUCAUCACCUCAACCGAGUGACAUCCAACAAGGUGCUUUAGGAAAUUGUUGGUUAAUAGCUGCCUUAGCUUUGGUUUCUGAACAACCUCGUUUACUUGAACAUAUUCUUCUUACAAAAACAGUAAAUCAUGAAGGUGUCUAUCUUGUGCGUAUUUGCCAUAAUGGUUUAUGGGAAACAAUUAUUGUUGAUGAUUGUUUUCCAUGCACUAGACACAAACAUCUUGUAUUUACUCAAGCCAAACAUCGUCAAUUGUAUGUUCCAUUAAUUGAAAAAGCAUGUGCAAAAGUAUUUGGUUCUUAUGCCAGUCUAAAAAGUGGACAUUUGAGUGAAGGUCUUCAGUUAUUGACUGGAGCACCAUGUGAUCAUAUUGACCUUAAACCAUCUAAUGAUCCACUUGAUGACGAUAUCGUUUGGGCUAAACUUUUAUCUGCUUGUGAAUCAAAGUUAUUGAUUGGAGUAUCUUCCAGUGGAACUGGUGUGAGUUCAGAAGAAUAUGCUCGUAUUCAUAUCCAUGAAAAUCAUGCAUUUUCUAUUCUUGCUGCUCAUGCCUUCGCCAAUGAUUCAACUCGUUUUGUACUCGUUCGUGAUCCUCAUUCUAGGUCGAAUUAUACCGAAGAGCUUGUCACGGAGAGUGUUCUCGCACAAUUGCGUUUAGUGAAUGCUGCCCGUCGUUCUACGGGUGCCUUUUGGAUUUCAUGGCCUCGAUUUCUUCGUUAUUUUUCAUUAAUAACCAUUUCCACUUAUAAUAGUGAUCAUUUUGAUAUACGUCAGCAAGGUCAAUUUACUCAAUCAGCUACACAAUGUGUUGCUACUUAUCAUUUUCAUGUUCCACAAACAUCAUUAAUCAUUAUAAGUUUGUUAUAUCACCGUCAUGAUAGAACAACGCAUACUCAUCAUACACAAUCAUUUGUUUUGUGCGAUGCUGACGAACUAUCAUUAUCUGGCAGCGUUGGAAAACGCAUGAGUAUAUUAAUAUGUAAACGUGGAGGAUUCACAUAUUGGACGGGUUCAUUACAAGCCGGUUCUUAUGUACUUAUACCUUUUUCAACUAGUUUCUGGGGAACAACUGAAAAAAAUAGAGACUAUACAGUUGUUAUUCAUUCAAGCGUUCAACUUGAUUUAAUUGUUAAAAACAAACUAUGUACAUUUCUUGCCGAUUGUCUUAUUUCAGCUGUCAUGAAAACUGGAGAAAAAAUGCGACAAAACAAAGAUACUGUCUUCUAUGUAACACCGCGUAAAUUAGAAAUGAAUCUAUUUGUUGCCGAGAAUUUGUCAAUAAAAGAUUACUUAAUUGUUGAUAUCGAUAUGAAAGAUGUGAAAAAUAUUCGUCACUCUCGCCACUCUCAUCUUUCGUAUAACACUCAUGAUUGUGUCCCACCACGAUAUCGUCAAGUAAUAUUUCUUACAGAUUGGGUUGAUAAGCAUGGUGAGUCAGCUCAUAUGAAUUAUACAUAUUCGUACCAACAUGAUACUCGAGAAACUGAUUCAAUGCCAAAAAUCAACAGUACUAAAUACGACGUUCACACACCACGAGCAUUUUAA